UCUCUUAAUGAUAUUUUUAAACCAAUUUAUUCCGUAAUAACUAUCUUAGGACUCUUUCCGUAUAGUGUGAAAUAUCAAGUAAAUAAACAUAAAUAUACCAUUUUACGUAAAUCUAUAUACUUUAAUAGUAUUUAUGGUGUUAGUGUGGUUUUAACAAUAUUUGUGUUUUUAGUUUUACACAUUAGAGAAGUAUUUUUCACUUCUGAUUCUAGUCCUAUUACAGACGUUUUAUUGACUAAAAUAAAUUACGUUAUAGAAUUGACAAUAUUGAUGAUUUUUAUUAUAGUUACAUACGUGAAUGCAUUUAUAAAUCGUCACAAGUAUAUUAAAAUGUUAAAUACAAUAAUGUCGACUUACCACGAUUUAUUGAAACAUAAAAAUGUUACUGAUCUUAAACCUUAUAACUCGGUACAGACUAUACAAUUUGUAAUGAUUCUUUUUUAUUAUGUUACAAUAAUGUUGCUGGUCAUUUUGUUGUCAAGUCUUGAGAAACAAAUCACAGAAUUACACAAAACAAAUGAAGAUAAAUGUUUCGUUCAAAUGAAAACGCAAACAUUUACAGUUAGGCAAAUAGAACUGUUGUAUACGAAAGCUUAUGAGGCCAAAACAGAUAUUAAUAUAAUUUUUCAAUAUCCUUUAUUAGUAUGUAUUUUUGAAUGUUUUUAUGGAAUUGUAAAUGAAGCAUUAAUUUUAUAUCAAAGCCUUUUCGUCGAAAAAUGCAUUACUGUUUAUGAAAUAUUUACUUUUUCUUUUUGGAUUAUUUUUCAUUUACUAAAGAUAUUCCUUUUGGCAUCAUCAGGACAUGCUUUGAAGAUAAAGGUUCGCAAAAUUGGACUAGCUUUGCUGGACAUUCCGACAGAGGGACAUGAUGUGCGUUGGCAUAUGGAGAUACAACAUUUUUUGAGAGUGAUUUCUUACAAAAACAUUGUAAUUGUGUUGUUUGAUUCAAUUUCAUUGGAUGCAUCACUAAUGUAUAAUACGCUUUGUUCGGCAUCAUUAUUUCUUAUAAUAUUAGUGCAAAUUGAUAGAACUAUUAUUAAAUAAAAGAAGUUUGAAGCAAAAACUUCAUCCAACAACAAGAGAAUCCCCAGACUUGAAGACUAUUACUUGGAUGAUCAAUUCAACAUAUGAUUACAUUCUACUAU